AUGAAAAGUACCAAAGAACAAGCGUACGUGUAUGCUCUCUCGUCUGCAGCACUCACGCAUCACGUAGCUAAAGCUUGUGUUUCAGGCGACUUACCUUACUGUCCUUGUGGCUUAAAUUCACCAACUGCAUCUGCUGAUGCUUCCUAUAAGUGGAAAGGAUGUAGCGAUAAUGUGUUAUACGGGCAACGAGUAAGCCGUGAAUGGGCAGAUGCGUCAUGGCGUAAAAAAUGGCGUCCAGGUAGCAAUGCAACUACGCCAAAUAGGCGACGUAAUCGGGAGUUACUCGAUGAUUGGGCCUAUAUUAACACAGAUUUCUCGGAGCGCAAAUCGGUCACUGAUCUUCCACCACGUGCGCAAAUGAAUGAACAUAAUAAUGAAGUUGGUCGUCAGAUUACACAAGAAAGUUUGUAUCGUAAAUGCAAAUGUCACGGUGUAUCGAGCAGUUGUAAUGUGAGAACAUGUUGGAAUACUCUACCGGAUGUUCAUGAUAUAGCAUUAAAAUUACAAGAGCGUUAUACAGAAGCAUCACCAUUAUCAGAAUUAUUAACACAAUUUCGAUAUACUACUGAUAAGGCUAUACAUGGUGAAUUAUCACGACAACAUUUGGUUUAUCUUCGAGAUUCACCGGAUUAUUGUGUAGAAGAUAGUAAAACCGGUUCAUAUGGUACAAUGAUGAGGUAA